GAGAUCACUUCAUUGCAUGGCGAUGGUGUCUAUGCAACGACUCCUAGGAUUCGAAUGACUCAUACUGGAUGACCUCACUCGCCCCCUGUACAACCUUGCAUGCAUCGUAAAAUUACAACAGACCAGUGUCGAACACCACUCAUUCUCUCCCCUUCUACUCAAGCUACGGGAUAGCGAGCCCACUGCUGGACAGGGGCGUCUUUGGACCUUCGACUUGUGACAUCCUCUAGAUCCUUCACCUGCUCAUUGUCCGUCCCCGGCCCCCUUGUCUCCCUUGUCGCCCUCUGGCAGAAUGAAGAAACUUGUAUCGGUUUGGGCUGCCCUCGACUUUUGUCUCCUCGUCGCUGGCAUCUUGAUAAUCACCAUGAGCUUCCUACUGAGCAUCGGAGACGAUGUAGUCUUGAAGUUGUUCUUUAGAGAAUUUGACCAGAAACUCGGCAUCGCACUCGGCAGCACGUACAUCUUUGCCUUUGUCUUCUCGAUCCCAGCUAUCAUACAGUCAGCGGAGAGGGGCAAGCUGCUCAAGAUACAAUCCUGGCUCCUCCUAUCCAUCGCGGUAUUCACCUUGACCGCUGGUACCAUCGUCUGGCAAUUUAGCCUCGGACAACUGAACAAUUUUAGUAUCCUGUGGGCAAAGGAGGAUAUCAUAGUCCAACAGGCCAUCCAAGAUGAGUUUUCUUGUUGUGGUUACUGGAACGGUACGACGGCAGGGCUUUUUACUGCCACCGGUGGUCACUGUAUAGAUACAGCCUUUGCAGCUACUCAACCGGGAUGUCAAGCUUCAAUCACAUCCUCUUCACCCCCCGGAAGCGAUUACGUCUUGAAUCAGCUUUUCACAUCGAUCUACGGCUUCGAAGCUAUCAUUGGUGGUCUCUUCCUCGCCACUCUCUGCAUCAUCAAUGAGAGACGCCUCCAAGUCCGCUUCGCUAUGAUUGAUUCGAAACGAGGAGGCAGUGGAUUCGUGUAAGGUACCAAAUUCAUGUAUGAUGGCCGUGGCUCGUGGUCAUAGUCCAAG